UUAUUUUUUUUGCACUAAUUCCCAAAAAGGAACUUCUUGGGGAGAAGGCUCUCGGACUGCAUGUCCCAACAGUACCCGCUGAAGGAGGUGAAGGGAGACGCGGUUUGCUUCGUACCUGGCUCUCCUCUCUUCUCUGUCCUGAUGGAGCCAGCUUCUUUUUGCUACCCCCGACUCACCUUCCUCCGCUCGUCCUACGGCCAGUUUGGGGCAAGUGCUGGCUCUUCCCAGAAUUUGGCCCAAUGGCCACAACAUUUGGGGAAACAGAGGUGGACCGGGCCGGUGGACGAGUCUCCACCAGCAGCGAUGUCACGAAAUGGAUACUUCUUUGAAGAGAGUGGGUACCUCAAGUGUGACACGGACGAUGGCUGCGAGGCCAAGGAGGAGGCGGGGGGCGAGGAGCUCUUUGAUGCCGUGAACUCCUCCAUCGUCUCCGGGGACAGCAUCCGCUUCUUUGUCAACGUCAACCUGGAGGUGCCCCCGAAUGCCACUGCUGAAAACGAAAGUGCUGGCUGCGUGUUACUGCACACAUCGAGGAAGUACCUGAAAUUAAAGAAUUUUGAGGAGGAAGUCAGAGCUCACCGGGACCUGGAUGGGUUCCUAGCCAGAGCCAGUAUCAUCCUUGAUGAAGCAGCCACCUCCUUGGAUGAUGUUCUGCGAGACAUGCUGAAACAUUUUGCUGAAGAUCCAGAGAACGCGGAGCCAAGCUGCAACUUUGAAAAAAUCAUGAGCACUUUAUUCACGGAUUCAGGGACCCCACGAGAAGGGAAUGGCACCCCUGAUGUUUCAGAGUCAACAGGAAUGAAUAUACAAACAUGUACAUCGCACCUCAAAUUUCACCUCUUAUCAGACACAAUUCAGGGGGUCACAGCGACAGUCACAGGGGUGCAGUAUCAGCAGUCCUGGCUCUGUAUCAUUUGCACUAUAAAGACCCUUCAGCGACGUCACGUUUGCAUCAGCCGCCUGGAGAGGCCUCAGAACUGGGGUGAAAACUCCUGUGAAGUGAGAUUUGUGAUAUUAGUCCUGGCUCCUCCUAAAAUGAAAAGCACCAAGACAGCCACAGAAGUGGGCAGGACCUUUGCCACAAUGUUUUCGGACAUAACCUUUCGGCAGAAGCUCCUUGAAACCAAAACAGAAGAGGAGUUCAAGGAAGCCUUAGUUCACCAACGCCACUUGUUGACAAUGGUGAACCAGAGACCCUCAACCGUGAGCGAUGAGCACAAGCCCAAUACUCCUAAACCACUCCAGCUGCAGGAGUUUCUCCAUGUUGGCAAGGGGAUUUCUGAUGACAUUGCACGAAGAUUUCCAGUGUACGCUUUGGACUUCACUGAUGGUAUUAUUGGAAACAACAAAGCUAUAGGAAAAUACAUCACAACUAUGAUCUUUCUCUAUUUUGCCUGCCUCCUUCCCUCCAUUGCAUUUGGGUCACUCAAUGAUGAAAACACCCGAGGAGCUAUUGAUGUGAAGAAGACAAUCGUUGGCCAGUGUAUUGGAGGGCUGCUUUAUGCACUCUUUGCAGGGCAACCACUAGUUGUCCUCCUAACUACAGCUCCUUUAGCACUCUACAUCAAUGUCAUCCGAGGAAUCUGUGAUGACUACAACUUGGAUUUCAGUGCUUUCUAUGCCUGGAUUGGACUGUGGAACAGCUUUUUCCUUGUGAUAUACGCCCUCUUUAAUUUCAGUCUUCUGAUGAAGCUCUUUAAAAGGUCAACAGAAGAAAUAAUUGCACUAUUUAUAUCUGUCACGUUUGUGCUUGAUGCCAUCAAAGGCAUUACUAAAGUUUUUAAGAAAUAUUACUACCAAGGGUGCACAGGAGACAGUUACUUGGAAAAAGCACGAGCUAAUGCUCUUCCAAGCCUCGGCAUCAAUACCACCUUCUUGAUGAAUUCAUCAGUGAGCAGAUCCAUGUCCCUAGAGAAUCAAACAGGCACGAAUGAUGUGCAUUGUGGACAUGAAACUGCCGUCCUUAGUCUCAUGUUGAUGUUGGGUACCCUUUGGCUUGGCCAUACGCUCUAUCAGUUUAAGAAAAGCCCGUAUUUGCACGCCAGAGUACGUGAAAUCCUGUCCGACUGUGCCUUACCCAUCUCAGUUCUGACUUUCUCUGUUGUGGGUUCCUACAUCUUCAAGGAAAUCAAAAUGUCCAAAUUUAACUACAACCCAUCUGAGAGCUUGUUUGUGCUGGCCCCAGUGCAGUCCCUCUCCUUUGGGUCAGUGAUGAGCGCCAUGGGGCUGGGGUUCCUCCUCUCAAUGCUCUUCUUCAUAGAGCAGAACAUUACGGCAUCACUCACCAACGCCCCGGAGAACAGGUUGGUGAAGGGAACAGCUUAUCACUGGGACCUGCUGCUCGUGGCACUGAUCAACACGGGGCUGUCGGUCUUUGGCUUCCCGUGGAUCCACGCUGCCUUCCCUCACUCCCCGAUGCACGUCCGUGCCCUGGCCUAUGUGGAGGAGAGGGUUGAAAAUGGACACAUCUAUGAAACGAUUGUGAGCGUGAAGGAGACACGACUGACCAGUCUAGUAGCAAACUUCUUUGUUGGCCUCUCUCUUCUCCUCCUCCCUUUCCCUCUCCAGUGGAUCCCAAAGCCGGUCCUCUAUGGCCUCUUCCUCUACAUCGCGUUCACCUCCAUUGAUGGGAACCAGCUCUUUGAGAGGGUGGCUCUCCUGCUCAAAGAACAGACUGCUUAUCCUCCGACACAUUACAUCCGCAGAGUGCCCCAGAGGAAGAUCCACUACUUCACAGGCUUGCAGGUCCUGCAGCUCCUCAUCCUCUGUGGCUUUGGCAUGUCACCGUUGCCCUACAUGAAGAUGAUCUUCCCACUCAUCAUGAUAGGGAUGAUCCCUAUCAGGUAUAACCUGCUCCCUAAGAUCAUUGAAGCCAAGUACUUGGAUGCUAUGGAUGCAGAGCAUUAAACAGGCUCCUCUGACGCUGAGCAGCGAGGGCAGCUCCCUUGGAGUGGGAAGGUGGCUUUGCUGAGGCAUAAAACAAUCUAUCUGCAGUUCUUUAUUUUUUUUUUUUCUCUCCACUCUCUUUCUGCUCUCAUAUGACAUAUCAAAGACCAGUUGAGCAUUGAAGUAUCAGACCAAACCAGCCUUGGACUCGGGAGGCUGAUGCUCUUUGGAGCUGCGAGGGAAGCGAGCGAGCUUGAUGGAAAUGCUACUUUCCACAUCCCAAAACUGGAAACCCCAAAGAUCAGCAUGGAGCAUGCCUUCUCAGAGUUGUCAUGUGUUCCUCUCUUUGAGGGGUGUGGGGGGAAAUGUUUUGUUGUGUUUUGGUUUUGGGGUGGUUUUUUUUUUUAUGCACCACGUUCGUGUUUUCUUCCAAAACACUACAAGGACAGCACCUGACCCUUCCCUCACGGAAUGACACUCCUGUCCGGGCCUUGGAAUUCCAUUUCCCAUGCAUCCAGCAUUCCCAAAUUGGUGUUCUGUGUGGGGUGGCCUGAUGUUAAGCCACUGAUGGGCAGGAGAGCUGUCUGGCCAUCUCCUCAGGGUUGGAAACAGAUCUGAUUUGUACCAAUACAAUCCACAGCUUUGGGUGAAUAUUCAAUUCCUACGAACGAGCUGGAAACGUUCAGAGGUUGGGCUGUGGGGUGAUGUUGAUGAAACCACAUCUGGGAAUUAUUUUGGAUCUUUCUCCUGUUUCUUCUCAGUAAUGAAAUACAGGAAGUGUAGCUUUGCACAACUGCACCCUUCUUGCUUGCACCCAGAGUCAGAAACCUGUCAGGGGGCAGUUGUGUUGAUGAUUGCAUAUACAUAUGUACAGUAGUGCCUAUGUGUACAUAUAUACAUAUGGAUUUGUGUAUAUAUUUUGCAUAGAAUACAAAUAGGCCUGAUUCUUUCAAAAUAUCAAAAGUGUUUUGUGCAGUCAGUGUUACCUGUGAUGUCCUGACCCUAUUCUUGUUCUCUGCUUCAGUGCUGCUUUUUCUUUUUCCUUCUGAAGCUGCUCAGUUACUGUUUUUGUUCAUGUGUUGCUUUCUUCAAGGUGUUCCUUUGCUUUCUUCAAGAUGUUCCUUUGUUUUCUUCUUUCCAUUGCUUGAGACCUUCAUAAUUCUGUCAUGAUGCUCCAACAUGUGUGAAUUUUGCAUUUCAUUUUAAUGUACAGCGUGCCAUGAAAGUUUUCCUCCUUUGCCUAAUCAAUAUUUGUUGGUCAUUUCAUCGGUUCUGUUUAUGUAGCUAAUCUCCAGUUUUCCCCACUCCCAGACAUUAUAUUAUAUUUCUGGAUGAAUCUAAUUUCUGCUGUCUUUUAAUUUUCAGUUUAUUUAAUUUUGCUUGUACUAUGGUCAGUUUUCUUACUUGGAGUACUGUGAAACAAGCUGCCCCUUUAGCUCAGUGCUUGUCCUUUGCUGCACGCUCCAGAUCACAGGUAAAGUGUUAAGGAAAAUGUGGACCUCUGAAAGUAAUGAACUUUCCUAACAGGAGAAACCAGGGAAGAAGAACUGUCUAAAAUGAAAUGCAAAUAUAUUUUUAGCACAGAAAAGUGUUUCUUACCAAUUGCUUGCCCACUCAACGGUGCCAGGUUUUUAGCAGCACGUGCCCAAACUGGUGGAGUGUUCCUCUGCUUGAGGAGGAAAACCAACUCUGUAAGGAGAGAGGAAGGCAUUGGGUCAAAAGCUCCUAUGCUGAAGCCAAGCCAGACUCUAGGCACUGAAGAUUUGGUGUUAUUUGCACUAAAUAUCACAUGGUAUUUCACCUUGACCUAGCUGCCUGUGGCUCUAAAACAUGUUUGAAAACCUAUGGUUUUCUUUUCUUACAAAACCCUUCAUCUUCAUGUCGAUACCUGAUGGAGGAAAGCAGUAUUCCCAAGGAAGUGGAGGUGGUUUUUAUUAUCCCUGCACAGUUCUGGGGAGGGGGAAAGCCCUCAGCUUAGCAAGUCAAGCAACCUGGUGUGCCCUUGGAAGCAUGACCUUCAUGUAGCACCAACCCACUGCUGACCACCCCAGGGCGUCGAAGCAGGUAACGCCCCACGUUUGGCCCUCAGCAGAGGGUAAUUCCUGCCACAGCUGGGAAGUGGCAUGACAGCAGGUAUAAAACUCUGUGUUGACAGUAUUUCCUGGCUUUUUGAGUCAUUUCUGUGGCGAGCUCACUAAUAGGUGUUCCUCAAGGGUUGCGUGUGGGAACAGAGAACAAACAGUCAACAGGAUUUGGGGGCAGCGCGAAGGCGGAGGUGGUAAAAGCAGGUCUGAUCUUCAGUCAACAGAAAAAGAGCAGGUGACAGCAAACAGUUCAGUACCUGUUGUAAGACAGGGAGUGCAAAGGUCUGAUGAUGCUUAAAUAACACGCUUUUCCCACGGGUGUCAGAAGAUUUAACUCCAGGUAGAAUGAAAAGCAUCAUCCUGUGGUUAAGCUGUUAAAUGCCCGUGUCCUGGGGUUGCGUUUCUGGUGUCUCAGCUCCUGGCAGGCAGGAGUCACCCUGUGGGCUGGCUGGACUCGUGCUGGAGAAAGGAGAGGACAUGCACAAGGGAAUGUGGCUUCAAGGAAGAACAGAGGCUCUGGGUGGGAUUUCCUCCAGCACAGAGCGUGGUGGGGUAAACUGGCACGCAGGUCUGGCCAGAGGAAGUAGUUUUGAGAUGUACCCUCCAUCCCCCCACUCUGAGGGACUGAAAAUGUCCCCACGUAAAUCCUGUUAGAAAGCAUUAAUUACAGAUAGUGACAGACGUGGCUAACUGAGAUCAUUUAAAAUCCAGUUGGCUUGGAAGGGUUCAACAUCCAUCACAACACUUGUUUCUCUCUUUUGUUGCUGUUGCUUUACCAGAGUGGCCUCAGUGUUCCUAUUUUCUUGGUAGCAUCAGUGGGAUCCUGUUGCACAGGGUUUUCUUUCAACAAACGUGGAGGGGCCAAAGAAUCAACUGCUGGGAAACCAGUGCAACCUGGGCAAAGCAGUUGGGCUGGCUUAGAUGGGUUGGACACUUGGACCCACAUCUCAAUAGAUGGGUAGAAGGGACGUGUGAGAAGGGCUGUAACGAUCCUGCAGAGGGUUUAUUUUUAUUUUCCCAUACAAGUACCUUUUCUCUUCUUGUUUGCUUCUGGUUUUGCUGACUGAAGUGCAGGCGUUUCCAGGAAGUAGGCUAACCAGGGAAGGCGAGUUUGUUCAGAGAUGAUUGAGCACUUUAAUACUUCUGUGAAGGUUAAGACAAUUAGAAUGUAAAAGAAGUUUUAUUACAAGCUCUUUGUAUACGCACAAUGCUAUGUAUAACUGUUGCCAAAGAACUGGGUUUGAAAGAUGUUGAUAGCUAUGAAGGGAGUCCAUGAUGUUCAGCUGGAACCCCAAGGCAGUCAAAAGCUUCUGGAACGAGUGGAUUUGGGAAGUUAUCUUUUGACAGCUGCCAAAAACGAUCAGAAACUGGAGAUGGAAUAAACUUCUGCUCUCAAACUUGUAGUUUUUGAUCCUUGCGUUGAAUGUAGGAGCUAGAAGUUAGCUUGACAAUUAAAAUUGGAGUUAUACCUGAA